AUGGCAGCCCGCAACGCCAUAACCUUGAUCCAGAAAUCCAAGCCGUCCUCCCCCGAGAUCCUGCAGCUGCGGUGCCACAUACGCCCUGGCGCCAGCAAAGUGCGGGAGGGAGUUGCCGCCGUGACGGACGAGUCUGUCGAGCUGUGCGUAUCCGCUCCGCCGCAAGACGGCAGGGCCAACAAGGCCGUCAUCGAGAUAUUAAGCGAGAUCCUAGGCGUCGCCAAGUCCGACUUGCAAAUCACCCACGGCAUGAAGAACCGGGACAAAACCAUCAGCAUCGCGAGCGCCUGCUUUCGGCGAGACAAGAGCGGUAUGGACGACGAGGACCUAGUGGCUAUUGUAAAACAGAAACUCCUCAGCCAGGAAACAUCGUAA